UGGCUGAAAAAGACUCAGAGACAUUAAAUGGUAAUGUUUGGUUAUCAGAAGGAGCAUAUUAUAAGGAUUUUGAUGACAGUUAAAAGUUUUAAAUAAUGAAUAUAUUAUAUAACUGACAUCGUGUCAGCAAGAGAUUUUCUAGUACUAACAUAUACAAGUACUAGCCACAAAUCUAAUUAACCAAGUUGAACUUCUUUGAUUGACUUUUUUUGACCAGACAAUUUAUCAACAGUUUACUAUGCUAUUUGAUGACAAUGAAAAUUACUUUCACUUUCAUUUCAUAUUUGUCUUUGGUUCCAAUUUAACGUGCAUGUUCCUUUUUGAGGGUUGUCACAUGAACCUGAGGUUUAACUGUCACGUGACAGUGUAGGUGGAUAUAAGUGUGAAAUGUUCAGUUUUAUCUGUGGCAUUUAUGUUGAUUUAGAGUUUGAUCUGUUUGAAAUGUACAUAUAAUAGGUCGAAAUGGAAAAUUUGAAUUUUAGUUUUUUAUCAGUUUCUUUCAACAAUGACAACAAAUCUGUAGUAAUAAUAUUAACAAUAUUGAUGACACUUUGAAUUGUCCCAAAAUGAAAAUAUAUGAUAUAUUAACAUAUAAAAUGGCACUCAUUAACCUAUUAGUUGUGUCUGAGAUGUACAUAAUUUUAAUCAGUCCUUAAAAGCAUAUCAGCUCUUCUAUAAUCCAUUUGAGGAAAACAAACCUUUCAAGGGUUGUCACAUCAACAGUUGUGUUUGUGAGCUGCAUGCCUAUAUAGCUGCCCAUUCUGUUUGCUCUGUGAUAUCACACUGCCACAGAGUACACUUUGUUCAGCUGAGUUAAUGCCCAAACUGCACACAUCUUACAGUAUGGAUAUAUAUGCAGAGGGCUCAUCUUAGAACCUCUGUGUUGUUCAUACUAGUAUGCAAAAAGCUUUAGUCCUGUUUCUUGCCAUUUGAUAUCAGUACCAACUUCAUUGACUUAAUUACACAUUCUGAAGAGGAUUUUGUGUGGUCCCAGUAGGGUGAUUCAGAGGAAGAGUUUUGCAGUUAUACUGAUAUGUCUGAGAUUAAUGGCAGUGGUAGUGAAAAUGCAGAUAAAUUGUUUCAUCAUCCAGAUUCUGCCGUAGGAUUUCUGACUCCUAUAAAUCACUCUAUACACAGAAGAGAAAUCUUGGUUGAGGCAGGUGAAGAGGAUGAGGAUGAUGACUGUGAUGAAAGUGAACAAGAGGACCAUGGUAGUGCUGAAGGCUUUGAUCAACCUGAUGUGGGUUUUUUAGCACCCUUAGACAGGAAAAAGGAUUUGUAUCAGAAUCCAAAACCUCAAGAGGGGGCAGUUGUAGAUUUGGAAAAGGAAUGUUGUAGGUCAAUAAGAGAAAAAUUUCCUCUUCCUGCAACUGUUUUGGAAAUACAUCAGACUCUGGAUUCUUUAGUUCUACAUAGAGAAAAUUGGUUACCAGACCUUCGUGAUUUCUUUACCUGUGCCAAGAAUGAAUCGGAGUUUUAUCAUGUAGCAUUAACAUUGGCAGAAAUGCUUGUAGAUGCAGUGCACAAGCUCUCAGUGGAACCCAUGAAAGUUCAUUCCCUUAGACUAAGGCAGAAACCAUUCUCUCCUACUCUUUUCAACUGCUGGCAGAAGCUAGUGGAUGGGUUAGGGUUUAUAUAUGAAGGACCAAAUGCCUAUGUGAAAAUGGAAUAUUGUCAGGUGCAUACAAGAGAGAAACAAAAAAAGAGUGAAGUGAAAGCCUGCUUAGCAUUAAUCUCUGCCAUCACAGAACUUGGUUAUAUGAAUUCAUAUUGUUUGGUGAAGAAAUUUAGCAAGCAACAUGCAGGUUUAUAUAUGGAAUUGGUUAAAAAACUGGACUCUGAAAAAGUUGAACCAACAACAGAUAUCAAAACUUUGUGGAAAUCACAUAAAGAACUGCUGAAAUGCCUUGGAUUUGGUAAAGAAAAACAGAAAGGGAUAUUUUACCACGAGUCUCAGUAUACAGGAAAAAUGCAUGUGGCAUAUUUGAUAUUGCACAGUGUACAUGGUGAACCUAAGGUACUGAGGACUGACUCAAAAAAAGUCAUCAAAGAAACUAGUAUGUAAAGAAAUUUUAACAUUAUUGUGUUAUUUUUAUUUUUCCUGAAAUAAUUUUCUCUAAAAUUGUGAUUACAAUCUGAAGUUUGGGCUGUGUAAUUUUUGACUGAUUUUGUAAGUUACCGAAUAGAAAAUAUUAUUGUUUACUCAUAAGGGAAAACCUGUAUUCAAUUGUGAAUUAUAUAUAUAUAUAUAUAUAUAUAUAUAUAUAUAUAUAUAUAUAUAUAUAUAUAUAUAUAUAGUGAUUUAACCUACACCAGAGUUCACUCAAGUAUGUUAAGUGUUUACUUGUAAUAAAAUACAUGAAUUGCAUUGUAUGCAAAUAAAUUGUUAAUUUUUACCAAUGUCCUAUUGACAGAUUAAAAACUAUGUUAGAAUGUCUCUUAGGGUAAUAGUUAAAACUGAAGGCGUAGAGUUGUACAGUGCUUGAAUUGACAGCUGUUGACUCCAUCUGUGCAUUGUGGAUCAUUUCAGAGCAGGCAUGUAAUAUCGUGUAACUUUUGUGUCAUGAACAUACCAUUACAGAGUUUUGAUCACAUCUGCUGUGUGCUGAUAUGUGUACAUGUAGCAGAUUUUAGAAUAUUUUAUGUGAAAGAUGCAUAUUCUGUAUCUCUUAGUGCAUUGUGUGAUGAGUCUUUCAUCGGCCAAAUGAGAG